CUAGCUAAUCUGUUUAUAUUUUUUUAUAUCUGCAAUAGAUUCUAAAGACAAUUGGAUGUAUUACAGAGCCUUAUCUAGAGUAUUCUAGAGAUAGAGACUAGAUCUAGAUAUCUAUAUUUCUAUAUCUAGAUCUAUUUUAAAGAUGAAGAUUGUUUUUAAUUUGAAUGAACAAAGAGAAGUCGUAGAUAAUGUUAGUGUCGAUGACAAGUGUUUUCCUCUAGUUGCUGGCAUCCAUCCAUAUUCACUCUCUUCGACUGACCCAUCUCCUUUGUCAAGAGAGUCAGCUCUUUGGUUUAAAACCCUUGCAAUCGAUACAAUUUAUAUUGAUUGUAAUAAAAGGUUAAUUUUUUGGGUUCCUGUGCUUAAUGAUGUUGAUCCUGGAAUAGUUUCUAUGCGCAAGUCUGCACCUGCUGAUUCUCCUUCAGAAACGUUUAUACCAAGCAAUGCAACAGCUCUUUUUGAAGAUAGCAGCCAUUAUGAAUUUGAUGCCUCCUUGAAAGACAUGAUGGGAAAGUGUACAGAAAUAGUCAAGAACUACUUAAAGAAGAAAAUUUCCACAGAAGAUUUUAAUAAGAAAAUAGCACACAUUCUUCAUGUCUAUAUUUUGAAGUCUGUCACUUUCAGUGAGGAGCAUCUUUACAGUCUCAAUAGAGCAAAGAGUUUAAUUGAAGAACGCUUGAAAAAGGCAGAGAUGAGUAUUGUAGAUGUGGCAGAUAACAUUGAUAAGCUUAACAAGUGUCUUAAUGCUUUAAUGGCAAGCGUUCUUCAACAAGAAAACUUGGAGAGUGAGCUCUAUUUGAGAACCUGUGACAAGGAAUUUCUGAGAGUUUUCCUCAAUAGAACAGAAGGGGAGCUUGAGAGGCAAAAUUUAAUGUUGGAAGCAGAGCAAAGUAAAGUAAACUGGGCCAAAUCAAAUGAGGAUGUAGGGUGGAAGAUAGAGGAACUUCAAGAAAAAAGAAAUAAGCUUUUCAAGGAUAUAGAAAAGCUGAUCAAAGUCAGAGAGGCUAUAAAAAAUGUUAUUUCCAGGAAGGAAAAAACUAAAAGGAAAGUGAAAAAUGCAGACACUGUACCCAACUGUUUUCAUAAUAUCUUUGUUGAGAUCAACAGAAGAAUAAGUGUGGAGACUUUGGCCCUUGAUGCUUUGUGUAAUGAUAAGGUUAACAUCAGUGCUGCCAGAGAGGCCACAGUGGCUGCCAUUAUUGAGCUGAGCACCAGCGGCAGGAAUUCCAACAGGGAAACUAAGUUUGACCCAGAUGACUGCACUGACUUCUUGCCUGGCACUGAACAUGUAGAGAAGCCUGACAUGUGGCUCACAUUCCAAGAAAGAGUCACCCGUGUGUUGGAGCAUACAGCUUCAGAGCCUUACAAAAUUCACAAACGAGGCUGUGAGGCUUUGCGGGAUCAAAUCAAUCUCGCCCUCAGUGAAUAUUCCCUUGUAGUUGACACUGGGUUAAAGUCUAACAGUGUCCCUGGGCAUCAAGGACCAGUGAGUGAGACACCAGAUAACACUUUAUAUGAUAGCCUAAAUUUAUCAAAGAGAAAAAUCUCAAAACCAGAACAUGUUAUUUUUGAAGAAGAUACAAAUGUUAACACUGCAGCCUUAACUGACCAUGACAACAAAGACAUUCAAUAUAGGAACCACACUGCUGGUACAUCAUUUAAGACUUUCAGAGAAUCAUGUUCUGGUGUCAGUUCAGUCUUACCACAGGCGGACAAUAUAACAGUACAAUUGGCUCUUAAAUCUCUGAUGAAGCAGGUAGAUAACAUUAAAGGAGCCAUGCAAGCUCUCUUCUGUGAUGUUGUGGAAACCUUGUCUAUACAUAUUUGCCAGAAUUCUGUAGACUCUGUACCAGAACAACUUGAACUACUGUGGAAGUCAUAUGAGAGAUCAUUUUGUCAGGAAAUGUUGAAUGACUUGAAUAAGCUUUACUACACUGGACUUCAAGUUGGUAUACACAGUGCAUAUCAGGCCUUAACUAAAGAGCCUCUGCAUGAGAUUCUCAAAGGAGAUAAAAUUCUGGAUUUGUUUUUUGGUUCAAAACCUGACUUUGUUGGCAACAGUGCAGCAGUCCCAUUGGUCCACUCAGCAUUGGACACUAUCUCUAUAGCCAAAUCUGUGUCUUUACUAAGUCUGGACAUUCGUCAUUGUGCCAUUGAUGAUCUGUACAAUAUAGCAAAUUCUGACAGUCUGAGCCUGCAACAGAAGAUGCAGCUUGAUGACAAAGAUGACAUAGAUGAAGUGGUUGCUGAUAGUGCUAGCUCUGAGUCAUCAGAUGUGUCGAAUGAAACUGAAACUUCCUCUAAUUGUACAGACAUAAAGCCAGACAGUGGAAACGAAGAACUACUGAGCAUUGAUGAAACUGAAAUUGCACAUCCAGGUCUAUCUCAGAACUGGGCUAGUCUCAGUAACCGUGAUAAAAUAGCAGAGGUUUUGGAUCCUGUUCUCACCCCGUUCCGAAAGUAUGUAAAGAAAUGUCUUGACGCCAACUGUUUUUUAGAUAAAGUACGCUACAUCACAAAGGCUAUAGAAGACCUCAACCGGGACAUUUCCCGUCUUUAUGGCCCAACCCACCAGUCUGCAUGUGAUGACAUUAUAACAAUGUUGGUGCUAGCUUUGUCUAAUAUGUCUGAGGAUGUGUUUGUGGGCCUAUAUAUCGACCUUAGGCUUCUAAUGGACAUUCUGCCCACCUUUUUGAGUGGCACUUUGUAUGACUACAACCUUGUUUCCCUCUUUGCAGCAUAUGAUUUUCUCUUCUCUCGGAAUGUAUGCAACAGUGUUAUCAAGAAGUACCCUGGCAGCUUCAAGAGAAAGUCUGAGCGAGGGCGUGUUUAAAUGUGAACACUGUAUUAUCCUCAUAAUUAUUUGUUUUCUUGUCAGAGCAGCUGUGUGCAGCCUUUAAAAGUAUCUCUAUUUAAAUUUUUUUGGACAACUAUUAUUUAGCCCUGCCUGUCCUUCUAACACAGAUAAGCCUCAUUUUAUCCUGAACUUAUUUUUAUACUUUGUUUAGAUAAAUGUGUGCAAUAGUAGCCUGUUUUAAUUGUAUUAAAUAGUUAUCAAUUUUUUUUUUACUUGUACAGUUGAUGAAAAACACUAAACUAGUAGUUAUGAAGUCUUUCUUUCCUUUUAUUUAUUUAUAAAGUUAAAAAGAAACCAAUAGUCUAUUUAUUAUUAGUUUAUAGUAAAAGAAUAGUUUUUUUUGGUAAGGUACUACACUUCACUUAGGAUUUGUUACAUAGGGCAGUGAUGCUAAUGCUAACUUAAGUAGAAAAUUUAGAAUGGCUAGAUUAUGCAUUAGUCUUACAUCUUUCCAUCAAUCAAUUUAAUGGAAUACAAGAUAAAUUGGUGGCUUAUUGUUUAUGACACAUGGUUUUUACUUAUGCUGUGUAGUUUGAUAAAUAGAUGAUAUAGGCUUAUUGAUAGAUUCAAUGCCUCAAUUACCAAAGCUUUUUGAAAAGCCUGAAUCAAUAUUUUUUUUUCUACAAUAAGUAACCAUUUCAAAGCACUACAAACCAGGAGAUAUUGCUAGUGUCAAAACAUUUUAAUCAUAUUUGCCAUAGUUGUUAUUAAGUUUUUUGCUUGGCCUUGUAGCCCAAUUUUUUAAGUUUUUUUUUCCAAAAUGCUUUUUCUUACUAUAGCAAAUACAGCCUAAAUUGUCACAUUUAGGCUGUAAUAGGUUCAAAGUAUGGAUUUGAAAAAGUGUUGAAAUAUUAGCUGCAAUUUUUAUCAUUGGUGGAAAGUGACCGAACAUAUCUGGUCUCAAUCCUUAAGUUUAUCAAACCAGGUAUUACUGCUAAGCCUUUUUACCUGCUCCAUUAAAAAAUUUAGAUUAAUGACAAAGCUUUUAAAAGGACCAUAUCCUCUAUUAUUUCCUUAGUGAUUUAAAGAGGCUUAGAACAAAUUUUACAAGAGAGGGUUUCAUUAAAUGAGGUUAAACUUAAAAUCAAUGUGUAUGUUGCUUUAGAAAGAGUGUAGAACUUCAGUUUCACACUAACUUGUGUCACAGUGUUAAAUGAUUAGUUUUGGGUCAUUGUCUCCACUUGUUUUCAACAGUAUUGUCUAUGUUUAAACCUUUCAUCAUUCCCUAAUCACGGGCAUCCCAGAGAAAUAUUUUCGCAGUGUACAAUAAUUUUAUAUACUUCGAAAAGCCUUCUUAAUAAAAUGUUUAUAUACAGGGUGGUCGCUAGAAAAGUGGAAAAUUUGUCAAACAGCUAUUUAUUUUUACAAAGAAUAACUUUUAAAAAGUUUUCUAAAGGCAUAAUAUGUUUUAUUACACUCAUAGAUGCCAGAAAUGUCGUCCGUACACAUCAAGCUCCAUACGCAGUCAUUGAUUACACAAGUAUGGACUUUUGGAGCUUGUUAUUAUGAUCUCAUCUAACCCUCAAAUUUUCCGCUUUUCUAGUGACCACCCUGUAUUUUAUUUUAUUCACUAAUUUUUAUCUUCCAUUGUUUCUUCUUCAUUUCUUAGAUCCUCUGUACAGUCAAUAGUAAGGAUAAGUCUUUUAUUUUUUCUUUUGUUAAUAUAAUUUUUGAAUAGGGAAAUAUUGUUUUGUUUCUCUUUGAACUAUCCCAGCGUUUCAUCAAUGCAAACUGUUUGUUUAUUUUAACAUGCCAAAUUUUAUUCCUUUUUUUCAAAACAGUGAUAAGAAUCUUAUACAUACUAUUGUUUGAGAAUGAUGCAUUUUUACAAAUGAAAUAUACACUUUGCAAAUUUUUAUUAAAUUUUUUAAUUCUAAAUAUUUUAAUUCUACAUUUGUGUAAAAAUGAUAAAUCUAGGUAAAACCCUAUGCCAAGUGUUUCCAACAUAAAAACUAAGUCUUCUCUUUUUUGAAAAACUUUCCCUCUUUUUUUUUGUUUUACUUCCACUUACAGUAACUAUUUAGUAGGAACUAUCCCAUGUCAGUCUUUCCAUAAUAUUUUGUAAAAAUUCAGAUGCUUGCAAAUUUAAUUUGUAAAUAUAUAGAAUUAUAUGAAACUCUUUUAUUAAAAGUUGAGCAUUUUGUCAUGAUAACAAGUAAGAAUUACUUCCACCUAAAGACUAUAUAUAUGGUAUAUAUAUAUAUUUCUUAAAAAGCAUUAGGAAGGAAAAAAAAGCCAACAUUUCCAUUAAGUUACAGAUAUUCAUUACAAAAAAAAAUGUAAUAUUCUUUUUUUUUAUUAUUAUUAUCAAAGUUUUUUACAGCAGUGUUUUUCAAACUGUGAUUCCCCUACCACUGGUGACACUUCAAAACAUGCCAUGAGGUCUUUUAUUUUCAACAAAUCAAUGUCUAAAUGUUUUUUCCAUUUUUGUCUUUUUAUACUUUUCCAUCUAAAUUUAUCUCUACAAAGAAGCAAAAGUAUGUCUCACACUAAACACAUCAGCAAGAUGGAAUAAAUUGAUAAUGUUUUACAGUAUUUUACAUUUGAACAAUGUUAGCCUGUUAAAUUUGUUCUUGUUAGCCAGAAUCUGAAGUCAGAUAAAAGAAAUCAAGCACAUGACUUUGCAGUCAUCUAUUUAUACACCUUCCCCCCCCCCCUCCCUUUUUUUUUUAAAAAUAAUUCUUUAAUUUAGGAUAUUUGAUUAAAUUUCAUGUUAAAGUAUAGUGAUUAUAAUGAAUUUUCUUUCAGAAGAAUGAAUACAUGUGAACAUUAAUGCAUUGAUAUUGUUACUUCAGUAAACUGGCCAAGUGGUACAUGUUUAAAAAAGUUUGAAAAGCACUUUGUUAAAGAGUGGAAAGAAUCCGUUUUUGGAAUAAAAACAUUUUAUAUAUUGUCAAUGCUUGAAGUCUGGUGACACUGCUUAUAUAGCUAGCCCUAUCGAGCUAUCUGGUUCAAGGUUUAUAGAAUGAGGAUGAGAUGCUAAACUUAUUACAAACCAAGGAAAUAAUUAUUAUAUACCAAUGAAAUUUUUCAGUUCUCUCACCUACUUGAAUCUCUUCUGCAAGCAUUUAUUAAAUUAUCAGCUCAUUAAAUGUAGAAUUAGUCAGUGCAUAGAUUACAAAUUCUCACUUAACUACUGAUUUAGGAACUGCUGGCCAAGACCUGAAAAAAAAAAAUCUGUUUUUCACAUAAUAGGCCCCUAUCAAAGUAUGACCUAGUUGACCCACUUGUGCGAAGUUUUCAGACAUAGCGCUUUACAUGUUAGAUAAAUAAGUUUAAAAAAAAACAACAAUUAUGUAUUUAUCAUUCUUGUUAUUUAUGUUGCCAAAAUACAUUAAAAUAUACAAUGAAGAUUAUGCCAAUAAUAUGUAAAUGCAAUGGCCUAUAUAUAAUCUAUAAUGAUUUUCUUGUAAGCUGUUAAUAUUGCAAUGAUUUCUUAAUUUCUUUGUUUAAAUUUAAUUAAAAGGUACAAUUUCUAGCCAUAGUUUAUUAUAUUUUUAAAGUAACGGAGAAUGAAACCAAUUCUUUUAAUAUGAUUAUGUCAAUAUUUGUCUUUUGAUAACAAUGACAUCAUUUUGUUUACAACACAUUCUGUUACGUAUUCUAUUUUGAAUAUACUGUAAUUGGGAUAUACGCUCCAUUUAUGAUUGUCUUUUAUGGUUUGAAUUUUAGAUCAUAUUCGUUGAGAAAAAGUGUGUAAAUAGCUGUAAAGAUUUGAAUUCUAGAUCAUAUUUAUUGACAAAUUUUUUGUAAAUAGGAGUAAAGGUUUUAUCACGACAAUACCUUUGAAAAAUAGUUGUUUUUUUAAGAUCUUGAUUUAAAAUGUCUUUUUUUUUUUACUUUUUAAAUUUCAUAAAUGACUUCUUAGAUGCACACAAGUAGCUCAACACUUAUUUUUAGUUGACCUUGUGUAGACGAAUGAGUCAUAGGAUGUCUCUGUGAACUAUUUUAAAAGGACAUUAUAAUUACACAUUGUACUUCAAGAACUAUUUUAAAAGGACAUUAUAAUUACACAUUGUACUUCAAGAACUAUUUUAAAAGGACAUUAUAAUUACACAUUGUACUUCAAGAACUAUUUUAAAAGGACAUUAUAAUUACACAUUGUACUUCAAGAACUAUUUUAAAAGGACAUUAUAAUUACACAUUGUACUUCAAGAACUAUUUUCUUCUUUAACUGCUGUUAAGGGUUCUGUUUGGAAUACACUAUCAGCAAAGUACAUCUUUAGGAUGCAUAUGCAGAAUGAAGUUUACUAGAGCAUUGUGCGUGCUCAUAUAACAACAAAAUGCAAAUAUUUUCUGCAUUAAUUAAUUCAAUUUUUUAUUGUAUGAAUUUCGUCCUCUGUUGUUAUGUAAAAUCUUUUAAUUUGUAGUGGUCCAAUGUAUGAUCAGACUAAAUGAUUUGAGUAGGUCCUGGCAUAUUUGUAACAUUUCAACAUUGUGUAUUUAUAUCUAAAUCUAUCUUUGUAAUUAUGCAGAUUUUUAAUGUUUAUCUAACUCAAGGUCUGUUUGUGUAUUUUAACAGGGUUUUUUCAAAUCAUCACCAAUCCUAUACACAUUUUAUUUUUUUUGUACUUAAUUUUAUGGACCUCAUUCUUUUGGAUCUUAGGAUCAGUGAAAGUUUGAUGAAUUUCAAAUAUUAUUAUAGUCCAUUUUUCUUUUAAAUUAAUUUGAAUAUUAAACCAAAAGAAAAAAGUAACUUUUUUUUUAUAAACUUUACAUUUACACAAGAAUUUGAUUUAAAAACUAUGACUGUCUAUAAUUAUAACUACCUGCCUUUA